GUAACAUGCCAUCGACCAACGCGAGCUCAUGAUACCAUAUCGGUACAUUACAAAGGCACCCUGCUGUCCGAUGGCAGCGAAUUCGAUGAGUCCUAUUCGCGUGGGGAGCCUCUCGAGUUCAAGAUUGGUGAUGGACAAGUCAUCCAGGGUUGGGACGAGGGACUGCUGGGCAUGUGCAUAGGACAGAGCAGGAAGCUGACCAUACCUCCCGACCUUGCAUAUGGGGACUCUGGUGCCGGACCAAUUCCGCCGAAAGCUACCCUCGUAUUUGAGACCAAGUUGAUGGACAUCGUCAACCUGAGCGACGAUGCCGAGUCCUCAGCAACAGAAGAGAGUAUCAGCAUAGCGACAGCACCACCAACGCCACCCGAGAGCGUCGACCAACUGAAAGAGGAAGGCAUCUUGCCGCCAGAUGAUGAUCAGCCCGAGAAGCAAGCCAAAUGCCACCUUCUCGGUCCAUUUGCGCUUCUCGUUCAAGGUGCACUCGGAUUUCUGGCCGUCUUGACUCUUGUGUACAAGAGGUGGAGAGAAGUGUCUAAGCGGCCAUGGAAGAUCUUCUUCUUUGAUGUUAGCAAGCAGCUCUUCGGCAGCAUGUUGCUCCAUGUCAUCAAUCUGGCCAUGAGCAUGCUUGGCAGUGCGGAUAUCGCGAAUGCUGCUGCGAAUGUGGCAGGAAAGGACAGUCAGACACCAGAAGGACGGAGGCCAAACCCAUGCAGCUUCUACCUGCUGAAUCUGGCUAUUGAUACCACAAUCGGCGUGCCAGUCCUCUACGUCCUGCUCAAGAUCUUGCACGCUCUCUUCCGACGGACCCCACUCGCCAACCCACCAGAAUCCAUCAAGUCAGGUCACUACGAUCAACCACCACGAGUGACGUGGUACCUCAAACAGCUGCUCAUCUACUGCAUCGGCCUCACCUUUAUGAAGCUAUUCGUCUUCGUCCUCUUCGAGAUGCUUCCGUGGUUACCAUGGGUUGGUGACUGGGCACUACGAUGGACUGAAGGCAACGAGGCCCUCCAAAUCACAUUCGCCAUGUUCAUCUUCCCGCUCGCAAUGAACGCCGUCCAGUACUGGAUCAUCGACAGCUUCAUCAUGGACAAGAAAAAGGGUUCAGGGCAGAAAUAUUCGCCAGUAGGGGGAGACGACGAUGGCGAAGAGGAGAGGAGGAUGAUCAUGCAUGAUGACGAUGACUCGGAAGGCGGAAAGAGUGUGGAAGUCGUUGAGAGUGAGGGUACAGGACCACUCAAAGAAGUCAGUCCUACGCCGAUUCCUGUUCGCAGU